AUGUCUUCUCUCGCACCUGUACCCGAGGAUGAUCAGCUUGAACUCAGUGAUAAGUAUGAUAUUAGCAAAGGUCGUCUAUGGCCAGUGAACUUCCCAGAAGUACCAAGAUCUGAUUAUGGAUUUCCCAACGAUUCCGAUCGAUGUUACCGCAAUGUGAUGGUUCAAAUGCUUCUACAUUUGCCAGCGUUUACAGCUUGGCUGGAGGACUAUGUUAUGGGAAGACACCUUCCUAAGGAAGAGGUGGAAGGAAGUGGUGCUUGGUGUGAAAGGAUUAAUGGACAACCAUGUCUCUUAUGUCUCUUUACCGGAUUAUUGUGGAACCGGGUUUGGAGUCAAUGGGAUAAUGGAACAGGAAAUUUCGUUGGACAGCAGGACACCCUGGAGUUUUGGCCGGAAUUCUUGGGACAGCUUCGUAAUGACAUAGAUCCUACCAUGUAUGACUUGCCCCUUUAG